AUGGCUUCAAAGGUCUCAUGUCUCUAUGUUUUGACAGUUGUGUGCUGGGCUAGCGCUCUUUGGUACCUAAGUAUAACUCGUCCUACUUCUUCCUAUUCCGGCUCUCGGCCAUUUACUAACGUUGCUGCAGCCAGGAAGAAUGUUACCUUUGGUAAUAUAAGAACUCGACCUAUAAACCCUCACGCAUUUGAGUUUCUCAUAAAUGAGCCCAAGAAAUGUGAGAAAAGCACCCCCUUCCUUGUCAUCCUCAUUAGUACCACACACAAGGAAUUUGAUGCCCGACAGGCUAUCCGAGAGACGUGGGGAGAUGAAAACAACUUUAAGGGGAUCAAAAUCGCCACUCUCUUUCUCCUAGGGAAGAAUGCUGAUCCUGUUCUAAAUCAGAUGGUGGAACAAGAAAGCCAAAUCUUCCAUGACAUCAUCGUAGAGGACUUCAUUGAUUCAUACCAUAACCUCACCCUCAAAACGUUAAUGGGGAUGAGAUGGGUUGCCACUUUCUGCUCAAAAGCCAAGUACGUCAUGAAAACAGACAGUGACAUUUUUGUAAACAUGGAUAAUCUCAUCUAUAAACUACUAAAACCCAACACCAAACCAAGGAGAAGAUACUUCACUGGCUAUGUCAUUAAUGGAGGACCAAUCCGGGAUGUCCGCAGUAAGUGGUACAUGCCCAGAGAUUUGUACCCAGACAGCAAUUACCCACCAUUCUGCUCGGGGACUGGCUAUAUCUUUUCAGCCGAUGUGGCAGAACUCAUUUACAAGACCUCACUCCACACGAGACUGCUUCACCUUGAAGAUGUGUAUGUGGGACUGUGUCUUCGGAAGCUGGGCAUUCACCCUUUCCAAAACAGUGGCUUUAAUCACUGGAAAAUGGCUUACAGCUUGUGUAGAUAUCGCCGAGUCAUUACUGUGCAUCAGAUCACACCAGAAGAAAUGCACAGAAUCUGGAAUGACAUGUCAAGCAAGAAACAUCUCCGGUGUUAA